GCCGCGGCCCCGCUAAGUCUGACGGAGCGCCGCCGCCGCCGCCCACCGCAGCGCAGCGGCCCGGCGCAGGAGGGAGGCGCCGUGCGCGGCCCCACUCCGCGGGCGCCGCCGCCGCUGCUGAGGGGACAGCGGCCGCCUCCGCGCUCCCGGCGGCUCCGCUCGGCUCGGCUCGGCUCCGCUCGCCGGCUCAGGGCUUGCAUGCUGUGGCACAAAGACUGCAUCACGCUGUGCGCUAUGUUCAUGUUUUGAAAUCAAGAUUGAUUAACCAACUCAAAAAGACCCAGCUGGUUAUGUGACUUGGAACCCUGUUUGUGAAGCACUCGUUCAUUUUUACAAGACGACAGUACUGUCCAGAGGAAGAAAUGACCAUGUAGAUUCUACAGCCUGGGUGCUGCAUAAUGGGAAGUGGUGAAUGGAGUGGAGCUGGUCUGCAGCCUUGAAAGCAGCCAGUCUGUGGACCACCAGUCGGCCAGGGACACUUUGCACACCAGAGGCAUUCUCCACACAGCUCACUGGACACGCUGGAUUCUUUCUAAUUGCUUAGGUUGGGAUACGAGAUUCCUUUCCUUCAAUUUUUAAACAAUUUUAAGCUUGUAUCAACUAUAACGAGUGGAGCAAUAUAAUCAGCAACAAUGGGUGACAUGACAAAUAGCGAUUUUUAUUCCAAGAACCAAAGAAAUGAGGCCAACCAUGCAGGAGAAUUUGGGUGCACACUGCAAGAACUGCGCUCCCUCAUGGAACUUCGAGGAACAGAAGCAGUAGUAAAAAUUAAAGAGACAUAUGGGGAAACAGAGGGGCUCUGCAGACAUCUGAAGACAUCACCAACAGAAGGAUUAGCUGGCACUGCUGCAGAUCUAGAAAAAAGAAAGCUUAUUUUUGGAAAAAACUUCAUUCCCCCAAAGAAGCCAAAAACAUUCUUACAGCUAGUCUGGGAAGCACUGCAGGACGUGACUCUUAUAAUCUUGGAAAUUGCAGCCAUCAUAUCUUUGGGGCUCUCAUUUUACCAGCCACCUGGAGAAGGCAAUGAAGGAUGUGGUACUGCAACAGGAGGAGCUGAAGAUGAGGGUGAGGCUGAAGCUGGCUGGAUUGAAGGUGCUGCCAUCCUUCUCUCUGUUAUCUGUGUUGUGCUCGUCACUGCCUUCAAUGACUGGAGCAAGGAGAAGCAGUUCCGUGGGCUUCAAAGUCGUAUUGAGCAGGAACAGAAAUUUACUGUUGUCCGAGGUGGACAGGUUAUCCAAAUCCCAGUGGCAGAGAUAGUAGUUGGUGACAUUGCACAGGUGAAAUAUGGUGAUCUCCUACCUGCCGAUGGGAUAUUUAUUCAAGGAAAUGAUCUUAAAAUUGAUGAAAGUUCUUUAACUGGAGAGUCAGAUCAAGUCCGCAAAUCUGUUGACAAAGACCCAAUGCUACUGUCAGGUACUCACGUCAUGGAAGGCUCUGGACGAAUGCUCGUAACUGCUGUCGGUGUGAAUUCUCAGACAGGCAUCAUCUUUACUCUGUUAGGUGCUGGAGGAGAAGAAGAAGAAAAGAAAGACAAAAAAGGUGUGAAACAGGACGAUGGACAUCAGCUUCCAGUAGAUUCUUCCCAUCCCUCCUCCCACCCUCCUUCAGCCACAGAUGGUGCAGCAGGUGCAAAUGCCACUGAUAAUGCAAAUGCCAGCUUAGUCAAUGGCAAAAUGCAGGAUGGGAAUAUGGAGAACAGCCAGAACAAAGCCAAGCAGCAGGAUGGGGCUGCUGCCAUGGAGAUGCAGCCACUGAAGAGUGCAGAAGGGGGAGAAGGAGAUGACAAAGACAAGAAGAAAUCCAACAUGCACAAGAAAGAAAAAUCUGUCCUUCAGGGAAAGCUGACUAAGCUGGCAGUCCAGAUAGGCAAAGCAGGUUUGGUGAUGUCUGCCAUCACUGUAAUCAUUUUGGUACUCUAUUUUGCCAUCGACACCUUUGUGGUCAAAAAGAAACAGUGGCUGCCUGAGUGCACUCCUGUCUACGUUCAGUAUUUUGUUAAAUUCUUCAUUAUUGGUGUUACUGUACUUGUGGUUGCAGUUCCUGAGGGACUUCCACUUGCUGUCACUAUUUCUCUGGCUUAUUCAGUAAAGAAAAUGAUGAAAGACAACAAUCUGGUCCGCCACUUAGAUGCUUGUGAAACUAUGGGUAAUGCUACGGCCAUCUGCUCCGACAAAACAGGGACACUAACAACCAACCGGAUGACAGUCGUCCAAGCCUAUGUCGGUGAUGUCCACUACAAAGAGAUCCCUGACCCAGAUUCUGUACCCGCCAAAACCCUUGAAUUGCUGGUAAAUGCUAUCGCUAUCAACAGUGCUUAUACUACAAAAAUUCUGCCACCAGAAAAAGAAGGUGGCCUGCCUCGCCAGGUAGGCAACAAGACAGAAUGUGGCCUCUUAGGGUUUGUCCUGGAUUUGAAACAAGAUUAUGAGCCUGUUCGGAACCUCAUCCCCGAGGAGAAACUUUAUAAGGUUUACACAUUCAACUCUGUGAGAAAGUCAAUGAGCACUGUCAUUAAAAUGCCAGAUGGCAGUUUCCGAAUGUACAGCAAAGGAGCUUCUGAAAUUGUUCUGAAGAAGUGUUCCAGGAUCCUUAAUGCAGCUGGUGAACCUCGUGUCUUCAGACCACGUGACCGGGAUGAAAUGGUGAAAAAAGUGAUUGAACCAAUGGCCUGUGAUGGACUGAGAACUAUCUGUGUUGCUUUCCGAGACUUCAAUAGCAGCCCUGAGCCAGACUGGGACAAUGAAAAUGACAUUUUAUCUGAUCUGACUUGCAUUUGUGUUGUUGGCAUUGAAGAUCCAGUAAGGCCAGAGGUCCCAGAAGCCAUAAGAAAGUGCCAGCGAGCUGGAAUUACGGUCCGCAUGGUCACUGGAGACAACAUCAACACAGCACGCGCCAUUGCCAUAAAAUGUGGAAUCAUUCAUCCAGGAGAAGACUUUCUUUGUCUUGAAGGAAAAGAGUUUAACAGAAGGAUCCGAAAUGAGAAGGGAGAGAUUGAGCAAGAGCGAAUUGACAAAAUCUGGCCAAAACUUCGAGUACUUGCUCGGUCAUCUCCCACAGACAAACACACUUUGGUAAAAGGUAUUAUUGACAGCACCCAGGUGGAACAGAGACAGGUUGUAGCUGUGACUGGUGAUGGAACCAAUGAUGGACCAGCACUUAAAAAGGCUGAUGUUGGCUUUGCAAUGGGUAUUGCUGGAACAGAUGUUGCAAAGGAGGCCUCAGAUAUCAUCCUAACAGAUGACAAUUUCAGUAGCAUUGUAAAGGCUGUCAUGUGGGGACGUAACGUCUAUGAUAGUAUCUCAAAAUUCCUUCAGUUCCAGCUCACUGUUAACAUUGUGGCUGUGAUUGUGGCUUUCACUGGAGCGUGCAUUACCCAGGACUCUCCUCUAAAAGCUGUACAGAUGUUGUGGGUCAAUCUGAUUAUGGACACCUUUGCCUCACUUGCUCUGGCCACUGAACCUCCAACAGAGGCUCUAUUGCUAAGAAAGCCAUAUGGCAGGAACAAACCUCUCAUAUCCCGUACCAUGAUGAAGAAUAUUCUGGGCCAUGCUGUUUAUCAGCUCACUCUAAUAUUUACACUUCUUUUUGUUGGUGAGAAAAUGUUUAAGAUUGACAGUGGGAGGAAUGCACCACUCCACUCUCCUCCUUCAGAGCACUACACCAUUAUCUUCAACACCUUUGUCAUGAUGCAGCUUUUCAAUGAAAUCAACGCACGCAAAAUCCAUGGCGAGAGAAAUGUCUUUGAUGGAAUCUUCAGAAAUCCUAUUUUUUGCACUAUUGUACUGGGUACAUUUGCUAUUCAGAUAGUAAUUGUCCAGUUUGGAGGAAAACCAUUUAGCUGUUCUCCCCUGCAGCUUGACCAGUGGAUGUGGUGUGUAUUUAUUGGAUUAGGAGAACUUGUAUGGGGCCAGGUCAUUGCAACCAUCCCAACAAGUAGGCUAAAGUUUUUAAAGGAGGCAGGGCGGCUUACUGAGAAGGAGGAGGUCCCUGAAGAAGAACUCAAUGAAGAUGUCGAAGAAAUUGAUCAUGCAGAGAGAGAACUUCGACGUGGACAAAUUCUCUGGUUCAGAGGCCUCAACAGAAUCCAAACCCAGAUCGAAGUAGUCAAUACUUUCAAGAGUGGCACUUCCUUUCAGGGGGCUCUAAGGAGACAGUCCUCCGUCACAAGCCAGACCCAGGAUAUCCGCGUCGUGAAGGCAUUCCGUAGCUCUCUCUAUGAAGGUUUAGAAAAACCAGAAUCUAGAACCUCUAUUCACAACUUUAUGACUCAUCCUGAAUUUAGGAUAGAAGAUUCCCAGCCCCACAUCCCACUCAUUGAUGACACAGACCUAGAAGAAGACUCUGCUCUCAAGAAAAACUCGAGUCCACCGUCUUCGCUGAACAAGAACAACAGUGCUAUCGACAGUGGAAUAAAUCUUACAACUGACACAAGUAAAUCAGCUACCUCUUCUAGUCCAGGAAGCCCAAUACAUAGCCUGGAGACAUCACUUUAGCUGAAAAGGUCACUGCAAAAAAAAUAAAAAAUAAAAAAAUAGUAAAAUAAAAUAAAAACCACAGCAACCGAAAUAUAUAAAUAUAUAUAUUAAAAACAUUGCUGGCUGAAAAGCUGUUUGAACUCUUAUUCACUCUGAGACAAGUGAAUGAAUUGUUGAUCACAAUGGUUUUGGGGAAAGAAUGAAUGGCUGAUUUACAUACCCCCUCUUGUUCCCUUUCAGAAAAACAAAACAAACAAAAAAAUACCCUCCUGCAUGAAUGUACUGUACACUUCUGGCCCUUCUUUCUCUCUUUUUGUUUCUCUUUAUUUUUAUUUCAUUUUGUUUUAUUUUUCCUCCUUAAGCAGGAACUGCAGAGGACUUCUUUCUGAGGCUAUUUAUCCAAUUCACUGGUCUGUGAGUUUUUUGAAAUGCUUGUGUGGCAUGGACUCAAUUGUAUAGAUUAAUUUAAAUAACUUUUUUGAAGUUGCAAAGCUUAACUUGCACAGUAGAUUUGCACCAGUUGGACAGAGGAACUUAAACAUUUAUGAGACUAUAUAUAGAGAUAUAUACAUAUAAGUAUAUACAUAAUUAAUUAUAUAUAUGUAUAUAUCUAUCUAUAUAUAUAUAGUUAUAUAUAUAUAAAGUUUCUUUGUUGGCAUGUUGCCUUGUUUCUGCUCAAAUUGCUCUGACUAUUUUAACUUAUUUAUGUCCUAAAAAAAGAAUGUAAUUUGUUUACAAGCCUGUAGAUAAUAUCCUUAACUAUUUGUAGGGUUAAGAAAGCACUUCCUGCCGAAGUAGUAUAAAAAUGGCUCAGCUCAGCUCAUUGAAAACGUCUGUAAUAUUGCACCCUGGAUAUUUUAUUACAACUAUGUUCUGAUUUCUGCCUGAUUUUUUUUUUUUUUUUUGUUAAGUAAUGUAGAUAUUGCUAGUAAAUAACAAAAGAAGCCAAAAUAUAACACAUUGGAUGUAGCAUUGUGAUCCUAUAUACAGGGAGGUAAACCAGGCUUCCUUUGUUUCAAAUAAAAAUAGGAAUGAUCAGGUUCUCUCUUUUUUAUUUUUUAUUUUUUUUUCCCUCUGAUAAACUGCUUGAAUUUGUUUUGGUGCAACAGAUGAUAAUGGAGGCUAUUUCAUUCUUUAAACACAUGGCAAUGGCUUCCAAAAAUAAUUUUGGAAAGAAAGAAUGUGAAACUGAGUUGAGUUUAUAAAUAACAGAUUAAAAAUACAUUAUAUUUGGUUUGUCUAUAUGGAGAUCAAACUAAUGUUAAAAUAUUGUGAUAUAUUGUGUUAAUCCUUUUCAGUUAGUAAUUUAGGCAUUUAUUUCCUUACUACUUACAAAGUAUGGGCUGUUGGCAUUUUGGAUGAAAAUUACUGUAGGUUGUUGCUUUGAUUUUUUUUUUUUUUUAAAGAAAACUAUCAUUUCUGCACUACUAGGUCUGACUGAAGCUAUAUUAAUUGUGUAUUGAGAUAUGCUUUGUGUGAUUUUGUUUUUAACCAAGCUUGUCUUCCUGUAGUCACAAGGUAUACUGUAACAAUUGUUUUACUUAGAGCUUUCUACAAAGAAAGCUAUUUGGAAAACCUGCAGUAAGAGGGUGAAAAAUAUUUUUCAAGAUGGUAACAGCCCUGGUAACUUAAAAUUUAUGAGCUUAUAUAAUUGCUAUGUCAACCACUUGAAUGCUAAGCACUUUGUGGAUCACAGAUUUUUCAUAAAUAAUUUUUGUAUUUAAUAUAAAGUUUGCUUGAAGACUUUUCAGCAUAUGAUCUUUUCCAUAAUUGUACAGUGCAAAAGAUAUUUUGAAUUACACCAUUGAUUAAGCCAGAUGUGUUGAAAAACACUCUCAAACUAGCUUGAUAAAUUGAUUUGUUAAGGUAUUACUGGUUGUCUUAAAGUUGGCUAAUACCAUGGUGCAUCUCUGCAGUCACAAGAACUAAUCCAAGCCAGAACUCUCCAAAACAAGAUUAGACUCAUGGCCAAACUGCAGACUGAACUGACUAAAGUGUUUUCAGGGUGCAUCAAGACUAUUCAGCCAGGUAAAGCUCAAAUCAGCUUGAAUUGCCAGCUUCCGGACUUUUGUGUAGAAGCUUGAAUGUUUUUGGCUCAAACUCAUAGUUCGCUGAUCCAAACUUUUCACUGACCAACAGAACAGGUCUUGGGAGGCGUAUACAACUCUGUUUUCAACAGAUAGUGGUACCCGUUUCUUAACAGUAAAAAGCUAGCAUGAAAGCAUUAUUAUUUUAGCUAAUUCCUAGCAACAAAGUGAUUGAAACUCAGUCAGGAUUGUUCUUCGCUUUGUAAAUAUGGUGAUUAACCUUUGUAUAACAUGUAUUGGGUUUCUAUGGCCUAUUUGGGAUAUCAUAUUCAGAAGAAAAAAAGUGUUAUCUAUUUACAGGGAAGCCUCUAGCUUUGGACUUGAACAUCUUCAAAAGCUAUUAAUACUGGAACAAUUUAUUUUCAGCAUCUUAACACUGACUGUUUGCCUUUUUAUUUUCAAACACUUCAUAUUUUUUCUUGGUUUCUUUUUUUUUUUUUUUUUUAAUUUUCCUGUAGGAGUACCCCUCUCUAAGGUACCAUUUGCAGACUUGAAAACUGUUAAGAAAAUGAACACUGCAUUCUGUGUAUAUAUAGUAAAACAUAUAUAAACUGAGAUGCAUAGAAAACUUGGGCUUUUGUGAGCAGAGACUGUGCUUUAUGUAUAUGAUAAAUGAUAGAUUUUUUUUUUUUUAAAGCAGAAUAGCUAUGACCUUUCAACUACAAGUCGUGCAUCACAAUUCCUUUCUUUUAUUGCUUGACCUCUCUGUGAUGGGAACAAUGGAUCAAAAACCAAAAUGAUCAGUUUGUUAAAAUUCCCUGCAAUAUAUAAAUGCUCGCUCUCGACGUACUGUACUUAGCAGCAUGAGAUUUGUGGACAACAAUACAGUGGUACAUUGGCAAUCCAUCCCACUAGGGGUUAUUAAUAUAUGUUCAUUCAUCUGUUUUUAUGAAUUUUUUUAUCUAGACAAUAAUUGUAAAUAAAGAACUUACUCUGUCUGUUCAUUUAAUACUAUGCAAAAGGUUAUGCUUUCUAUUGUUAUUCUUAUUCCUACAGUGUGAUGCUGGAAUGUUUGUGGUUUCAAAAAAAAAAAAAAAAAAGACAAAAGUAAGUAAAAUAUGUGAUGUAAAUUAUUUUAUAGUUUGAAACAAAAUGAUAAAGUUUUACUCUUGCUGCUUACUGUCUAAUAGAUCUCUCUUGGCAGGAGCACAAGUGGAAAAUUUAAAGAAAUAAAUUCACAAAGCAGCAUGAACAAUAACAGUCUGAACGUAACAGCUUUCUUUAUUUUCACUUGAAGUCAUUAAAUCUAGCGUUAGGUUCCCACUGGCAUGUUUUAAUGUAAUCGUGUAUGCCAAUGCUCUGGAUUGGCAGCAGGAAGCCUGCUGACCAGCCAGUGGUAGCACUGGCUACCUCAGGCUUUCCUUACGCCCAGGUGCUGAGUCAGCCCCGAGUGCUUUCUAUUCCUGUCUGCUGCGCGACAAUGGAACCCCUAGAGAGAAAGCUUGGUCCAUGCUGUGGUGGUGCACGGUGGUGGGAAUGGCUGAGCUGAAUGCUGCAGAGAACUUGGCUGAAAUUAGUAAGUAAAGAACAAGGAAGAUGCAUGAAGGCCCUGUCAAUUUGAGUAUGACAAAAAAUAGUUUAAUGUUGGUCCUAAGUUGAGCAUCAAAGUCUGUUUCCCUAUCACUUGGGGGAUAUUACAUAUCCCUCCAUUAAGAUUACUUUUUGCAUCUCUUUCACUCUCUGCCACUAUUAGAAAUAUUAGGUCUGACACCUUUUAGAACUGUGGGUUAAGGCCAGGAGGUGCAUGUCCUGCCAGUUAAGACCUACCCUAAAAUCUCUGCGUAUGCACUGCAAGGGACAAAUGAGGGAUUGCCCGUUCUUCUGCUCAGACACUCAGCCCCAAAAGUUCCUAGCCCUUCCCACCCCCAGCCUGGACUAAUGCACCUGUUCCAUGAACAGAUACAGGCUGUGACCGUGCAAAAUUACUGCUGUACCAAUGGCAAGGUUUAGAAAUUAACCAAACAGGUGGACAGAUUCCAGCUUCUCACACGAGGUGUGAGGUAACUGUCAUAACCACAUUUUUAGAGGUAAAAUGGUUCAAAUCACAGACUUUCUUGUCUUCUUAGAUUUCAAGCUUUUACACAAAUUCUAUAUGACAAGAAGCAUCUGAUAGCAGCACUGCCAGAAUUACUACAAAAUAGUACUAAAAAGGGAGAAAAGUUACCAGUAAAUAAAAAUUUAUUCCACAGAGUAAAUUAACAAAAACCCUGCAGAAAAUUGUUGUUAGGGCAUACUGUUGGACAGUGGCUUUCUUGGAGAAGUUGAAAUUGUGAGCUCAGUCUAGGUGACAAUCUGACUUAUUUUUCUUUUAAUUCUGUCACUUAUUUACAGGUCCAGUUGCCCUCCUUUCUACACACAUAACUCUAUUUACAGCCUCAGUCCGGGUGCUUUUGGCAGGGCUCUUCAUCUCUGAAAUAAGUAUGCACAUGAUAAACUGUUUGGAAGAAAGAGGACUGGGAUUGUUCAGUGGGUUUUAAGCAACAUAUAUGUUAAUCUUCUGUCAGCUUCUGAGGUCUAUUUUAGCAAUUGCACCUCUUCAAGAUGUUUCUGACAUCUUUGUAGCACUGCAUGGAAGUGAGCCAUGCAUGUAAAUUUAGGAGACUACCAAGGAAGAAAUUCCCCACUAUACUAACUUGCUAUCCCUUGCAUCAAACCGAAGAUUCAGAAAGGCACGUAAUACUUAUUAGUCUAUCAUGGGUAAUUCACAUCCUGAUUCAAAAUAAGGGUGCCAGGUUUUAUUCUUGCUGUUCUUCUUUUAUCCAUACUAAAUAUACCAUUAAGAAGACAGCAAGUUAGUUACACACACAUAGGUAGAAAAAUCAGGUAUUGAUCGUGCAUGCUGAUGCUACACCAAGUGCCACUGCAUGUCUUUGUCAUGAGAUGCAGUACUGACACAGGAUGGGGGAAAUGGUUCAGAAAUAAUGGGUGAAGGAAAAGAGAAAGGAGAACAGUAAGGAAAAGGAGGAAAAAAAUGCAGGUGCAUUUAAUACUUUGCUAUAUGCUAAAAUGAAAUAAAAUUCUAAUUGGUUAUUGAUGAUUUGAUCUAGGCACUGAGUUCUAAUACCACAGAUAUUUAAGUAGUAUCUUCUGUCUUUUCCAACUAAAGUUAAAAUUCAUAAAUAGGCUUAGGUAUAGGUUAGGCAUCCUGAUUUACAAAAGUUGCUCAGCUGUUACCUCAAACCUGUCAUCUCAUGAGAAGAUUGACUGGAAGAAAGAUGAUCUCUGGCAUUGCCUUCCAAAUUAUGUUUUUCUAUUAUUCUAUGACACAGAAUAAAUGUCACAACUCAUGGUAUUGGUUAACUUCAAAGUAGUAUUAAUAGCCCUUCUCACAAAGGCUGUGAGAGGAUCAGGGUUCAACACUUCAGGCUUUCUCUUGGUAUUAUGGUAUUACUGUAGUUGCUUUUGGGGAACCACAAAAAGGUAAGCAACAGACAUUUCCUACAUAUGUUUGUAUUCCUGCAGCACUGUGAGACACUGGCAAGGAUGAAAGCAGAGUUAUUCAUGGUUCAGAUCAGGACUAGGCCAACAUGUAAAUUGCUCUGGAUUAUAAACUAGAGAUCCAUAUUUCAAAUUUUAUCAGCAUAGGUAAUGCUCAGAUUUGUUCAUCCACAUGUUGAUAAGAAGAGGUAGUGACUGCCAGAGAAAAGCGAUUCUUUUUUCUUUCCACCUAUACUAUUUCAACAGGUAUAUUAGCUCUAUAGUAAAAUAAACUGAUGGAAACUGAAACUAUCAUCAAACUACUUAUUUAUUAAACAAGACAGACUGUUGAAAGACAAAUCAAAGGAAAUAUUUACAACAACGUUUUCUCCCAUAUGUUCAAAUAAACAUUGAUUUUAUGC